CCGGCAGUGCCACUUGUGUUGACAUACGUCAUCAAAAUGCGACGGCCGAUCAAAAGGGUUGUAACGAGCAGCAGAUUAGCUUCUAAAAAGAUAAUAACACGAAAGGAGUAUUCUUCACCUACAAACAUAUUUUAAAUGGUUGGACUGUAGUGCACCAGGUGCAGCAGCAGGCAUGAGGAUCCGGCUGCAGGGUCCCGGCCACGCUGCCGGCCUUCUCGCUGAGCUCAACCGCUGCCGCCAAUCACGCCAAUACUGUGAUGUGUUCUUGCAAGUCGGCAACCGCACGUUCGCAGUGCACCGUGCAGUGCUGGCCUGCUCGGGGACGUACUUUCGUAACCUGUUCGCCCGGGCUCCAGCCUCGUCCACCGCCACCUUCUCUUUGGAGUUCAUCUCCCCGGCCAACUUUGAGAAGGUGCUGACGUUUGUCUACACGGGGGAGAUUUUGACUGACCUCAUCGAUGUCGGGGUGCUGUAUGAGCUGGCUGAGAGGCUGGGCGUUAGUGAACUGGUGAGGGCCUGUCACGCCACCUUCCCUGACCUGCAGGCUUCUGUGUCUGUAAAAUCAGGAAGUCCUGGAGAACUCAUGCUGGACUCUGGCAUGGUUACUGUUACUGUUGCUGCUGCUGCUGCUGUUGCUGUUGUGUCCACAGGUGUAUCUGCAUCGUCGGUGUGUUCCUCUGCCGCUUCCUGCUCCUCUCUGUCUUCGUCAGCUGGUCCGUCUGCUGCCCCGACGCCUGCUGCCGCUCCCUCGCCGCUCUUCCAAGCCAGGAGCAGCCGUGAAGUUAACACUGGGACUCUGUCUCUGCAUCUGAAGGCAGAAGACAUGGAGUCUCAAAUUGGCUACGGGCAGAUGGCAGCAGAUCAACAACUACCAGGAGGACACUGUCUUUUAACCAGCAACCAUUCCGGUCAGAGCGACGGCGUGCUGCCUCCGGGGCCUGCACUGAAGCUGAAGAUUGAGCAGGGGCUGGAGGAAGAGGAGGCAGAAGGCAGCUGUGAGGACAGAGAGACAGAUGGACGUAUGGUUUCUGAGUGCGCAGGAAGCUCUCUGCCUCAGAGCAGCGAGGCUGCACCGUCUGACUCCUGCUCCUUCCCCGACUCCUCGGCUCAGCUCGGAGCGGAGGCCUGCGACCCGACGUCGUCCUCAGGAGAUCCUUUAGGAAGCCUGCAGGUGGGAUCAGUGGAGGGCAGCGUGGUGGACGUCCAGAGGGACGGCAGGUUGUUGUUAUUUGGAGAGGUGGAGGAGGGAGAGAAUGAGGAGGAGAGGGAGGCGCUGAAGGGGAAUAGAGCAAUGGUCGAGGAGGAGGAGGAGCAGUGGAGACAGAUCAUCGAGCUGAGUGACGAUGAGAACUUCCUGGAGGAGGGAGAUGAGGAGGAGGAUGAAGACGACCUUGUGUUUGUGGAGAACGGAGAGGUAGGGAACUCGAGCAGCCAGGUGACGGGGAACGUGCUGGCAUGUAAAGCCUGCGCAGUGGCUCUCCCAGCAGACCCGUCUGUCAUCAGAAGACACGCUGAGACCCACCUAACGGAGCUGGGGCUCUGCAGAGUGUGCGGGGCCUCGUUCCCGGACCGCGACGCCGGUUUCGCCCACUCUCUCUCACACGUCGGGGUGCAGCUCUACACCUGCGAAAUGUGUCACUUGCAGUUCUGCAGCCAAAACAAACUGCUGCGCCACCAUCGCCAGACAGCCUCCAGUUACACGAUACCACAGGGGGCGCUGACCAACAGCGGCGAGGGACUGGCCUCCGAUCUGCGGUGUGCCGUGUGCACCAAAACACUCAACAAGGACUUCCAGACGGUCAAAGAUCACCUGCUGAGCCACGUGUGUACCCAGAGCCUGAGCUGUGGCGUGUGUCACCUCCCGCAGCUCUCCUUGUGCUCCCUGCUGUGGCACGGCCUCGCCCACCUCUCGCUGCCCGUCUUCACCUGCCCACAUUGCGCCCGCUGCUUCGUAGAGCGCUCCAUGCUGGACAGACACAUGACUGCGCACGCCGAGGAGGCGGCAGCUAAGGAGAGGGAGCGUUCGGCGCUGAGGGCUUACAGAGUCGGGGCAGACGGAGUCGGGGGAGGUAGUAUGGCAGGAGUGGAGGAGUUGCAUUGCUUUCUGUGUCCACAAACUUUCCGCUCCUCCUCUGCCUUUCAGUACCACCUCGGCCUGCACACCACCGAGUCCCUGGGGGGGGGUGGAGGUGUCGGGGGCCAGGGCUGGUUUGGCAAACGUAAAGCUGACCAGUCUCUGGAGUGCCUUCCGUCUUCCUCCUCUCAACGGGAGGUCGGCGGCCUCGUUAAAAUGAGCAACGUGGGUUUGGGGCUGGGAAUGAGCUUCAGCAUACCAGAUAAGUUUUUUCAAGGUUCAAUACACAGCCUGCCUCCUGGGGUGCUGAGCAGUUCCGGGCAGGACGGGGGAGUCGGGGCAGCAAGCGUCCGCGGGAAAUGGUACCGGUGUCGCUACUGCGGUAAACGCUUCGCCCACUCGGGGGAGUUCACCUACCACCUCCGCAUCCACACCGGGGAGAAACCCUACCAGUGCAAAGUCUGCCUGCGCUUCUUCAGAGGCCGCUCCACCAUGAUCUGCCACCUGAAGACGCACGCCGGCGCUCUCAUGUACCGCUGCACCGUCUGCGGCCUUUACUUCUCCACGCUGAAGAUGGUGUCGUCGCACAUGGAGCUCCACAAGGACCACCUGCCCCUGGACUUCAACAUCGAGCAGACCUUCAUGUACAAUGAUCACUCUAAAGAACCGCUGCCCACUGUGGACACCUGAUGUGUCUCCCCUGCCCCCCUCCCUCUGACGCUUCCUCUAUGUCCGGUUGUCGUGGACCACAUACUGCUUAUAAUAGAAUAGGGCUGAAACUAAUGAUUAUUAGUCUGUAAAAUGUCAAAAAAGAAAAUGAAAUUAUCAUAAUUAAAAAUCAAAACCCAGAGACGUUCAGUUUGUAACGAUACAAAAGAAAGAAAAGCAGCGAAUCCUCACGUUUGAGAAGCUGAAACAAAAGAAUCUUCACGUCUCUGAAUCCAUUAAUGGCGCCGCUUCUAUAAUAGACUUAGACUUUUAGAAUGUAGAGGACAUAUAAUCUGUCAGAUGCUGUUCACUGAGUCUCUUUGAACUAAGAUAACAAGCGGCCACGCGGUGGCAGUGUAUCCUGUUGUGUGUCCGUGAAAGAAGAAGAAGAGGAGCCGGUGGAGCGCUCUGCUUGUAUUUAUCUACCCCGAACAAGUCUGUAUCUUUAUAACUUAAAUAUGAGGAUAGGUUUUUAUGUCAGUUGUUGAUAAUUACACUGUUAUUAAAGUAGCACCUCAUUGUAGCAUAUAAAUUAUUUUCCUAUAUUUGCAGUCACUAUUUUCUCACUUUUUGAAGUAGAUUUUUUCACUCCACAGAUGCAGCAUGAACAUCCACUUCAAGUGCUUUUUAUUUCUCAUGGAAACUUGAUUUGUUUUCACAAGGCGUCUCGAUGAAUGCUUUCAGAAUCUGCCGUUUAGUCACAUGCUGUAUUCACUUGUUCAGAGUGUGUGACGCAUGUUGUGCUGUAGAGAUAUUUAAGUGCCCAUCACAUUUCUGCGUGAUAUGUGUCUUACCUCAUAUUUAUGAUGGCAGUGUAACUGUUAUUUGUUUUUGCCUUUAUACAUUAUCUGUUUUUAAAGCCAUCUAUGAAUGUUUGCCUUUUUUAAAAAAAACAUUGUUUGUUUUUUUAAUAAUUAAAUAAAUGCCUUUUGGAAGACUGUUAUCACGUAAUGUUUCCUGAUCCACAGAAAUACAUCCGUCAUCAGGAUUUCAGUGAUGAACUUGCAGAAAUCUGCGCAGUAUAGUGAACCUCCUGCUUCCAGGGGCUUGUGACCUUUGCCCUUUUUUUUUAAAGCCCGGGUCACUUCCUGCUAUUGUGCCAUCAUCUGUGGACUGACACCCCCUUUUCCUUUUUCUGCCUUCUUAUCAUUUAAAGUGUUGAACGUGACACAUUCCAGAUGGAGACAGAAAUGGAAGUAAAUGUAAUAAAGAGAUAGCUAAAUGCAAGAACAGCAAAAUGUCUCAGAAAAAUAAACUUAAGCUUCCAAAGAU